AAACCACUACCGGCAACAUUAUUCCUUCCUAAUUCGCGGUUUAGCCAGUCAUUGAGGACUGUCAGAAGGAGAAGCAUUAAUAAAUUAAUCUUUAGGUUACUGUUUCCGACCAGGACGCCAAGAUUGCCGUUAGUUUCAGUGACACGUAGCUCAAAAUAUGUUCUGGCGUUUUGGACAUGGGUUUGGAUUUCAAAGCUCUAGUGCUAUUGAGGCAAUCCUCUCUAAGCCAGAAGAAGAAAUUCAACUGAAAAAGUUACUGGAAGAACCAGGAGUACUGGACGAAUGCAAAAGUCACAAUCCGAAACUGAUAGAGUACUUGUGUAAGCCGACUGUUUUAAACCAGCUGGUUGAUUAUAUUCUUGAACCAGAAGAUGAAGAACCACAGGACGGUGGGUAUGAAGAACCCGAGACGACCAGAUUAUCGUUUAUCGCGAGCGAGAUUCUCAGCAGCGAUGUGUGGUCGAUAUGCGAGGCCUGUGUUGAAAACCAUGAACUUUUGGCUCAUUUGUGGACCUUUCUUGACAAUGAGAAUCCUCUAAACCCACUUCAAGCCUCGUAUUUCGCAAAAAUUAAUGAGCACUUCUUGGACAAAAAGACAGAGCAGCUUGUCGCUUUCAUUCAGUCCAUAGACAAUUUGGUGGAGAAAAUCCUACGUCAUGUGGAAACGAGUGCUAUUAUGGAUCUGCUCCUUAAAUUCAUUUCAAUGGAUCGUUGUGAAACACCUGUUGGCAUUGCAGACUGGUUGCAUAGUCAGGGUCUUGUUCAGCGUCUCCUGCAGCUGCUUAAUCCGAAUAUGAGCCCAGAUAUUCAAUCCACUGUAGCUGACGUGAUAAAAGCCAUUAUCGCUAUUUCUGCCAACUCAAAUGAGCCUGGUGUUAUUGGACCUAAUUCUCUCUCUCGUGAGCUUGUGUCCGAAGAAACGAUUGGCACCAUGAUUCAGUACAUGACUGAUGUGAGCGCCCCGAACUCUACUACAUCGCUUGUUAACGGCGUGAGCAUUGUAAUUGAGCUUAUUCGCAAAAACAACAGUGAUUACGAUGUUACACCCAUCCUUCAGAUGCCGCUACACACUUUCCCGCCUACUACGAGAGACCCAAUAUAUCUUGGCACCAUGUUGCGCUUAUUCUCUGAAAAGAUUCCCGUCUUUCAAAAUCUUUUAAUGCAUCCAAAGGACACUCCUGAGACGAUGCCUACUAGCUUUGGACAGAUUAAACCCUUGGGAUUCGAACGUUUUCGUGUGUGUGAACUGUAUGCUGAACUUUUGCAUUGCAGUAACAUGUCCCUCCUUAGUGAUCCAAAUGCUGAAGCUAUGGUUUUGCAGCGUAAUCAUCUUCGGGACUUUCUGAUUCGUCACAAUAAAUGUCCUAGAAACCCGCGCACGCUUGAUGAUGAUUCUGGUUUCCAAGCCGGCAAAUUCAACGAAAACGAAACGCAAGAUACAUCAUUCGACGGACAAAACCAGUCCCAAGAUGAAAAUAUGACAGAGGCCGAUCAAGAGUCCGUUGUCAGCACACAAGCUACUGACAUCGAAAGUGCUACAAAACUUGCCGCAGAAGAGACAAAUUUCUUGGAGGACAUAGUCGAAGACGGUGAGCGCUUCGAGCCUCUGAGCACUGAGACGCUACAAGAAAAAGUGAAGGGCCCCGUUGUCGGUGAUUUGUUGAAAAUCAAAUUCAUUGAAAACAACGUGAUAACUAUAAUUUUGGAUCAGUUUUUUGAGUAUCCAUGGAACAAUUUCCUUCACAAUGUCGUUUACGAUGUCGUUCAGCAAGUGCUUAAUGGACCUAUGGACAAGGGUCAUAAUUACGCUCUUGCGUUUGAUAUGUUUACGCAAACAAAAAUUACAGAAAAGAUUGUUAAUGGUCAGAGAAUCAGCGAUGAAGAAACUGCAAAACCUAACGGUUUCCGACCCGGGUACAUGGGUCAUCUGACUAUCAUCGCUGAAGAGGUUAUUAAGUUUGUGGAACGCUAUCAGAACAUUCUUCAUCAGGACAUCUUAGACAUGGUCAAUAAGGACAGCUGGCAGCACUUUGUCAACGAAACGUUGGCAGAAACACGUGCCCGGGAUAAUCAGCUCCUUGGCGGUUUGGAGCCUUCUAUGGUUGGUUAUUUGGAUGAUGUGGAUGGUGAGAUGUUGGAUGCUAACAAUCUGCCUGAAAUGCAAUUUGCUUUGGAGCAGGAACUUGAAAGUAAUAGCAGCGACGAUGAUAUCGUUGAAAUGCAUCGCGAGCUCUCUCGGGAUUCGGACACGGACCCCGAUGAUCAAGAUUCGCAUUUGGCUCGUGAAAUGUCUCGCAGGUUAAGUAUGGAUUCUUCCAAUAGCGACGAUGAUGACAGUCGUGACCAUUUUGCGCAGUACAUGUCGGAAGAAAUGUCCAAUGAUCCGUCUAACAAGUCAGACAGUUCUAGUGACUCUGAUGACGAUGAUGAUGAUGUCGUCGGUUGGGUUCCUCGCGGUAAGCAGUCCGUCUCGCGCUCAGGUUUUUUCCUCAACGAAGGCAAUCGAGAUGAUGAUGAUUCCGACAGCGGCGAUGAAGACGAGGCAAACGAUGACAGUGAUGACGACGAUGAUGACGAUCGUGAAUUUGCGGAGGAUGAGUAUCGCAACGGUCUGCUUCUCUUCCCCAGAAAAAACAAGGAUAAUGAAGGUAAUUGAUUUAUACGAUGGAUGCCACGUUGAAACGCUGGUAGCUUAUCAUGAGUUACGUUUGUGAUCGUUUAAUCUGCCAGUCGUUCCUUUUCUAGCAGAAGCUUGCCUUACGCCUUUGGUGCAGUGUACAAUUAUCUGCCUCAUUUUGUUAGGACUCAACACGAACUUAAGCCCGACCCGUCAAGCUCCAGUAGCCCUUUUGUUUCAUUCUAUAACAUUUCUUUCCCCGACGCUCCGUGGAAAUUACUGUCUUAAUACUUUUCAUACAAAAGACUUAUUCCGCACUUAGUUUACAAAAUAACUUGCAACCUCAACUUGAUAGACAUUUGCACAUGUUUUUAUUCUUGUUUGUGGUAUAAUAAACAUACCAACCCAUCUCGUAAUUAUGAUUCUCUACUCCCCGAGUGUUUUGGGGUGAGCUGCUCGUUGCCCUUCUGUAAUUUGGAGCCUGUGUUCCUAGGAUGUUCUUAU